GGGAUAAAAAUAAAUCGGGACCAUCCGUCUAUUUCCCUCAUAUACAUUACUAUCUCAAGAGUUCAAACUACAUUCUGUUAGUAACGAAAAAAUGUAAAGAUAAAGCCUUUGUUCUCCUGUAUGUGUAAAGCUAUCAGAUUUCUUGAUGCUUAUGAGCAAUCAUGAUAAAUACCUGUCAGUAAAAAUAACUUAAAUCAUUCUGCAUAUGCUAAUAUGUUCGAUAAGUGCAAAUACAUAUCAAGUAUUUACUAAUGUCUUUCAUUUUAUGACGUUUUUGACACGACUGAACAGUUUUUUGUGCUUUUAUUACAAAUAGCGACAAUUACUUAGUCGAUGCCAUAAUGAGUGAGCUAUUGAUGACGGAAUUGAGACAACAAUCAACUCAAACUGAAUCCCAUUGUGACAUCUGCGCUCAAAAAUCUUCGCGUACUUUAUGUGGGAUAACAUUUGAAAAAUGGCUGAAAUUUGAGACGACCGAACUAAUUUCUUUGGUGUAAAAGAAAUUCAUGGAGCCAUGUUCGACAAUGUCAAUUUGAGUAAUGCUACUCUUCCGGCCGUCCAAAUGUUGUUGACUAAUGCUAUUUUACCAAAUGGCAGUUAUACAGAUUCAAGUGUGGUAAAUGAUAUAAAACAAAUUGUUACGAAUAAUGAUGGCGACUUUACUAAAUCAAUCAACCGUAUCGCAGAAUUAUUAACCGUACCAAUCACAAGUAUCGUCACUCAACGUCUUGAACAGUUGGAAUUAAAAAUCGAUGAUUUGGAACGAAGAUCACGUUCGCAUAAUCUUCGUUUUCAUGGAAUCAAAGAAGAAGAAAAUCCUAAAGAACAGAUUGUUGAGACAGCCAAAUGUAUGAAUGUUGAAGUAGCUCAUUUCACUGGUGGCGUCAGGGAUGGUAAACGUGGCGUUAUUGCGUGUUUUUACUCAAGCGAAAUGUGCAUGGAGCUGUUAAAAAAAAGAAAAAAACUUCAACAACCACAAGGCCGAAAAUAUGUCGUCUUCGAAGAUUGUAAGCAGAGGACAAUGGGCUUGUACAACAAAAUGCGUACUAAAUUAUCGGAUGGUAAAAAAUUUCAUGUCUAUAUUCGAAAUGGUCGCGUGUUAUACCGUUCAGAAUUAAAAAGCAAGGCAAGAUUAAUCGAAACAGAAAAAGACACUGAAGAAAUUAUCAAUAUAGGAUAA